CACACACACACACUAUCAAAACAAUUAUUUUGAUAUAUAUUCGUCAUUUAUAUAUUUCAUUCCACGUUUGCCCACAUGGCCAGCCAGAAUGAUUUAUUUUUAACCUUUCUUCUUCCUCUCUCCCUCUCAAGGGAAUAAUACCACAUCUUCCUUCCCUACAUUUCUGCUAGUCCUUAGAGAAAGCACCUGCAUCGCCUGUUCCUGUCGUCCUCCCUGGUCAUUAGUCAAAAUAACGACCGCCGUCAUUGGUUCCUUCAUCCCAUUUCCAAGCAUCUCAUUGGCCAUUUCUUCAUCCCAUGUACAUUCUUCAUGUACGCGUAGCUAGAUCGUCAGUCUUCGGAGAGUCAGUCUUCCGAGAGUCUUCAGAGAGAGUCAGACUUGAUCAGUUCACAUUCAGUCCAGUUCAUAUCAGUUCAGAGAGGAGCACAUCGGUAUCGUCACGUCUGUAAUCAAUUGUGUCUCGAUAUCAUGUGUGUACAUUCUAUCCAUUAUUAAAUCUAGAACUUUUAUAGAAUGUCCUUUGCUCGCACAAAUCAACAAUAUCAAACCACUACCCACGACCUCCACGCUACCAACAAUAUCAAGCUACUACGCGGUCCUCCAGAGCAGCCACCACCACACCAAGCAUCAUCAACAGAGACAUUGAUCAUUUCAACGGAGCGGUAAGAAGUACAUCAUCAAAACAGUGUGGUCAACAUCAUCUGGAACACUGGUGACAACAAGUGGCCAAAAUUUACGGAAACAGUGGUAGCAACGGUGUUGUGCGAUCGAAGACACGAACUCUCGACUUUCUCAAAAUCCAGUACAUGCUGAGACAAGAGUAUCAUAUCCCAUCGCAGGCAAGUUGCGAGGCGUUGUCAUUUCCUACCACGCUCAAAUCGUGGGUUACCACACUCUCCACGUGCUAUCUUCCCUGCCGCUUCUGCCUCUUCUCCGCUCCUGACUCAUCCCCGUGGUCACACCUGUCUGCCAUCACACCUGUCGCCGCCUAUUCCUACUCAUCACGCCGCUCCUCUUUGCUGGUUGCCGUUCAUGCUUCUUCCUGAAUUGUGGGUAUCCCUUGGUUCCUUCUCCGAGCCACCCCCACCUCUCCCAUCCGAGUACUCGAGGUCAAGCCUCAUCGCCACCACCACUCCCCACCCAGCCCUUCUCAAUGCCCGGACUCGCCCAAGGUCAUCUUUCCAAGUUUGCUCCCAGCAGUGAUCUUCCCAGUCAUCAGGGGCCAGAUCCACGAAACGGUUAUUAUCAACCUCCGGCAGCCAAAUGGUAUCCACGAACGCAUAAGAGGUUGGUGUUGCCAUGGUAGCAAGGUAGUUACACCACCUCCUGAGGUGGUGUAAGUUAACUCGCCCGAAAACUCUUAUUUAAAUAUUUAUGUGCACAAAAUAACUUUUUUUUUUUUAUUAUUUACAAGCUUUAUCACCAAGAAAGUAUGGUUUUGUGAUGCAUAAAGUGAAAUCUUGCAUGGAACACUGAAAACGAAGCAUGAAAAGGAAGAGGCUGAUUUGCCCCACACGUGCGCGCUCCCCAUUCCGCCUCGCAGCAAUAAGUUUGUAUUGUGAUUAAGUAUUGUUUUCGUCGCUUCUCCUGCAUAUAUUGGAUAUUUUCUUUGCAUACUUCCACGUUCGUGCCUUGAGGCGAGAAAGGCGCUUUUGGAAUCGCCUUGAUUCCUUGGCAUUGAGUGAUAAUGAGCUGAUGCUCAAAUACCACUUCCCUAGGCAGACCUUAUCCUCUUGUUUGAGGAGAUGCAGUCUCAGCUGGAGAGAAGAACAAGGCAAAGCCAGGCAUUACCAACUCACACCCAGGUUUUGCUGGCCCUGAGAUUGUUUGCCAGUGGGUCCUUCCAAAACGUCAUUGGAGACACUGCAGGACUUACGCAAGCGUCAGCAGGGUCUUCGAGUGUGUGUGCAUUGUGUUGAGUGAUAAGUCGGUGCAGGAAAUCAAGAUGCCUUCAACACACCUUGAUCAAAGGAGAACUGCACAGCAUUUCUUCAGGAUCGAAAAUUUCUUAAGAGUUAUUGGGACCAUUGAUGGCACCCACAUUGCCAUCAAGGCCCGAAGAGUGGACGAGGCCCUUUACUUUAACUGGAAAAGCUAUCACUCCCUCUGAAAAUCCAACUUGUUUGUGAUGUGAAUGGAGUGAUCCUCAGCUACUGCUUCAGAUUCCCAGUUGCCUUGGAAAGUGCAUUCCUGGCUGAGUGUGGUGCGUGUGCCUGCUACUCGUGUGGUGGUGCUGCUGCUGCGUGAAGCCUCUGCCGUGGGAACCCACCACAAAUAGCUAAUGGAUUCUGUAUGACGGGAUCAGCAGCAGACAGAAUUGCAGUGAUGUAUUAACAUGCCUAGGCAGUGCAGUGCAGACUCCAAGGCUCCCCGAGUGUACAGCAUUGUUGUGUGUGUGGAUGGGGUGUCUGUGCCAGACUCCUCACACUCUGUAUUGUAUCGCUGGGCAAGGUCACCUACUAUUGAGACAGUAGCUCUUCUUUGGUCACUGCCAGGCUCUCUUUUGGAUCUUCAUGGCAGUUUCCACAACAGCAAACACUGCAAGCUUGACCACACUGAUCUUGUCUCCAGUGAAGCUAAGAGUUGGAAUGUUUUUACCAAGGCCUUUGUUGGAGGCGUCCCCUGUGAUAUAGUGGACGACAACCUGGAGCUCUGUGACACACUGACAAGGGAGAAGGUUACUUGUCGCUCCAAGGCUAAGCUGGUCGGCCCCAUGAAUGUCACUGUCUGCAUUACCGGAAGAGGCGCGUCUGAAGUGACCAAGAUAGGAAGGCCAUCACUAGCAGACCUCUUGGGUGGUUUCCAAGACCCCAGCUUGGCUUUCAAGACACUUAACCAUACCAGGGUCUUCCUCCAGCAGCUCACUAGAAUAUAACUGGAUAACUUUCCUGCUGCCAGCACCUCCAGGCCUCUAGAGGUUGUGGCACCACAGCCUGCACAGCCCCUCAAAUCCCCAACAAGAACAAGAACACAACAGGGUAGUGGGAGUGAUGGCUUCAAGACACACUGCCACUGUACAGGGCAGCUGUUACUCUUGUAAAUCAUGUGCUGCUUACAAGACUGUGCCUAAAAAUCUGAGAGGAAAAAGUAAAAGCUCACAGGACUGGUUGACGAGACAGCUAAAUGACCCUUAUGUGAAGUUGACCAAGCAACAUCAGCGCAGGCAUUGUCCAUGAUGCUUCCUGUGUUGUGGUUCCAUCAUGGCAGGCAUGGAAGUGCCUCUCACUGCAUCACCGCCUCAUGAUCAUUGAGAGCAUGGACACAGACACUGAGGCCCUAGUGGGUACGUGGACCUCCUCAAUGGACAGAUGGACAGAGGCUGGUGUGCUGGCUGCAUGUAUCAGGAGCAAAUCUCAACCUUCUUCUCUGUUGUGGCAACAGGGAUGACAUAUGAGAUGGCCAUGACCAGCAUGCCCCUUCAGGAGCUGCAUCUCUAACCUAACCUCACCACACUGACCCUCCACUCACAUCACAUCUUCAGGUGCUGCGUCUGCACCUGCCACACAGUCCAUCCUCUGAGGCCGUUGUCCUGCUCAUCUUCCGAAAGCCUCAGCGUUA